ACAUUUCUGUUUGUCGUGCAGUUCAGUUACAGCAGCAGCAAUCGGCGAAAGUGAUUGCAUACAUUCCAUUAAACAAUUAAAUAUAAUUUUCCCACAAAUACACAUUCACCCAUCCAUUGAAGCGCUGCCAUUUGUGUCUUGUCUCUGUCUGCGUGUGUGAUUGUUGAAUCGAAGAAAAUAAAAGCGCUCGUGUCCAAAAUCAAUGGUGCGACUCUGAAUGCCAGCCAUUAUCAGUACUACCGUGCGGAGGAAUUGGAGGGAACACAAGUUUCCCCUGGCAUAGUGCUGCUGCAGGAUCAGGACAUGGGGCGGGGCAAGUCUAUAAUCAGGGCGGCCAAUCUGACCGCCAUCCGAUGGGCGCAUGCGGUGAACAGCCAGCAGUUGCUCGACGAGGCCUUGGCAGGUGACAUUGAGUUCAUUGAGGCGGACAUUGUGCUGGGCAAGGUGAAUGGCGAGGGCGACGAUAUGCCCGUGAUGGCACAUCCGCCGGCAAAUGUCUCCGACUUGACGCUGCAGGGAUUCCUGAAUCAGAUCAAAGACUUUAACGACCUGCACGUGGGCAACGAGAAGGGAGUCAAGCUGGAUUUCAAGUCCAUAGAGGUGUUCGAGGGCUCCCUGGGCAUUUUGGACGCGACCAUACCAAGUAUGUCCUAUCCCAUUUGGAUCAAUGCUGACAUUAUCAGUGGCCCUGUGGACCAGAACAAGAGCGUGCCCGUGGAUCCGGAUCGGUUCUUUGCCGGCUGCAUGCGCUACAAGCAGGCAGUGCUCUCCAUCGGCUGGACCACCAACUGGGGUGCCGACUUCCGUGAGGGCGAAUACACUCAAGAUCAGUGCGACGCCAUGGUCGAGUCGCUCAACUUCAACAAUGUGCUGUCCACGGGCCAGGGCAUCACGUUUCCGGUCCGUGCGGGCAUUGCGGCCAACAGCGAGGAGCAACUCCACAAACUGGUCAGCGCUGUCAACGAGACCAAUGACAGCACACUGACCAUUUGGUCCUCCGACGGUGAUUACGUGGAUGUGGCCAAGCUGCGCAAACUGAUAUUCGGCUUUGGCGUGGAGCGUGUCUACUUGGAUGUGCCCGAAGAGUUGGCCGCCAGGCUGGAUCUGGGCAAUGCUGGCAACGGUGCGGGCACCUUCAAUUCUCUGGUUAGCUUCAGCUUCAUCAGCCUCUGCUUUUAUGCCUUUUCCAGUUGGUUACAUCGCGGCUAACAAGUGGGCCUAAUAGAUUAGAUUACAUAUAGAUUUUUAGAUUUCUGUCACAAGCAAUUAAUAAAAUAAAACGUGUCAA